GGUAGAGAGAGAGCGAGAGAGAGAGAGAAAGGAUUAGCGUGACUGUUGGUUCCGCUAUUCAAAAUGAAGUUCUGCACAUAGCUAACCAUCCCGACGCCUUUCCCGGGUGGACGCCUCGACCCUUGGAGCGCCGUAGCAGCUAAAACAGCCGGUGUACCGCUGGGGGUCCGCUUGCCCGUCCCUGCCAAGAGCCAUCGCCAUGCCGCUCUGCCUAGGCUCGCAGCCGCUAUCGGCUGCCCAGCUCAAGCGACUAGAAGAGCACAAGUACAGCGCCUCCGGUCGCUCUUUGCUGGAACCGCCGUGCCAGAUAUUUUGGAACUGGUUAGUCCAACAGAUCCCGACAUGGGUCGCGCCAAAUACGUUAACCAUCACCGGACUUAUUGUCAACGUCGUCACCACUAUCGUUUUGGUGUGUUAUUGUCCCACGGGCACGGAGGAGGCUCCUGCAUGGGCCUUCAUUCUCAGCGCUGUAGGUCUCUUUAUCUACCAAUCACUGGAUGCCAUCGAUGGGAAACAAGCCAGGCGGACCAACAGCAGCUCCGCCCUGGGGGAGCUUUUUGACCAUGGCUGCGAUGCUGUUUCUACAGUGUUUGUUGCUGUGGGAACAUGUAUAUGUGCUGGCAUGGGCGCAUACCCAAACUGGAUGUUCUUCUGUGGGUUCGUGGGCAUGGUCAUGUUCUUCUGUGCACACUGGCAGACAUACGUGUCAGGAACGCUCCGCUUUGGCAUUGUGGAUGUGACGGAGGUCCAGAUUGCCAUCAUUAUCAUGUAUUUGAUGUCAGCCUUUGGGGGAGUGAGUCUUUGGGAGACUACGUUGCCCGUGCUUGGCAUCAAGCUGAAAAUCUUCCCGGUACUGGGCAUCAUCGGUGGGUUCCUGCUCUCCAUGUUCAACUACUUCUCCGUCAUCCUGAGCGGCGGCGUGGGCAAGAAUGGCUCCACUGUGGCUGACACCAGCGUGCUGUCUCCCGGCCUACACAUCAGCCUCAUCCUCUGCCUAGCCUUCAUCAUUUUCAAGAAGUCCUCCAGCCGGCUCUUUGAGCAGCACCCCUGCCUCUACAUCCUCGCCUUUGGCAUGGUCAUCGCCAAGAUCUCCAACAAGCUGGUGGUGGCGCACAUGACCAGGAGUGAGCUUCACCUCCAUGACACAGCCUUCAUUGGCCCUGGACUCCUUUUCCUCAACCAGUACUUCAACAGCUUUAUCGAUGAACAUAUCAUCCUCUGGAUUGCUUUGAUCCUGUCCCUGUUGGACCUGGUGCGGUACUGCACUGGUGUGUGUCUGCAGAUUGCCGCCCACCUGCAGAUCCAGGUCUUCAGCAUCACUAAGCAGGGCAACACCCACAAAGACUGACAAUUUGCCCGGCGGGAGGAGGAGGCGGGGCUAGUUGAAGACACCGCCCCACUUCUUGAACCAGAGCAGGAGAACCAAAACCACAGCAGCCUUGACAGUGUGAGAACUGUUGUCUAAAACACCUAAACUGAAUCCGUUACCCUCUUCCAGUUUUGCAUGGACAACAUUUUGCUAAACCUUCCAUCACUCUGGAUAAAAACUAAACACUCGACCCCGAUUACACCUGGUCGUUCCAUUCCUCUUGAGUAUCAGAAUUACAUCCAUAUAAGUAUUAAACCACAUAAAACUGAAGGACUAAAUGCACUUUCAAAAUAAGACUUACAUCUGAUCACUCAAACCACUUCAGGAGGUGGAUUUAGAUAAUUUGCACCCAGAUACUAAACGAUAUAAAUGCAUCUGUGUAAAUAGGGUCUUAGACACAUAACCAGAUAAAAUAAAACCUCAAAUUUCUUACAUUUAGAGCAUUGCAUCAGGAUUUAUCUGUCAGUAUUUAACAUUAAGAAGAAUGUGCAGAAUGACAUUUUUAAAAAUCCAGAACUAAAACCAAAACAUUACAUUAGUGACCUCUUUGUAGUCAUGCCAGGUAAUUUGGCUGUAAAGAUUUUUACAUUUUGUCUAACAUUGAUAACUUAUAGGCCAAUUGUAUCAAUGAAAUCCAAAUUUUAAGUGUUUUUCGAGCCCCCAUCGCUUCAUGUAAAAUUAUCAAAAUCUUUAAAAAAAAUAAUAAUCUACUGCUACAUUUUGGGUCGAUUCCAUGCAGUGGUACUAACAAACUGCCUGCCAUUGAUGGCACUCCAUUUUGUAUAUUUUGCAGUGUUUCUGUCCCAAAAGCUCAUGUUGUCUUUAACGUAGCAUUUCUGUUCAUUUUAUAUCCAGAAAACGACGAUCUUCUGACAUUCCAUAACAGCGAAACUGCCCAUUUUCUAAUCCAUAUCCUAAACCCCACCCCCAAAAAAGGCAACAGUUGCUUGGUAAAAAUUUCUUAUGUGAUUGUCCAGUGAUUUUAGCAUUUGUUCUUAUUUAUUGUAACAAUUUAACUGGAUUAGGUGUGAAAUUAACUCAGGUCUUGGACUAAAGAGACCUGUCUGGUUUGUAAUUGUCAAGGACUGAUGGUACUUGGAUGAGGAUUGGGUUUGUGCUAAAAGCAGGAAGGGCCCUUGGGUAGAGUCGUUUACCCCACCUCUAGCAAGUGAAAUAUCUGCAUUCUGUUUGUAUCUGCAGUUCGUUCUACCCUGAACUCCGAGUUCAGACAAGCAGAGCUCUAAACACUGCGGGUUAGGGACGAUGAACUUUUAAGGUGCUCUUGUGCCUGUUCCAUGAUGCACUUACUCUCCCAACACUGCCUGCUUUGAAUAUCUCCUCCCAAAGGGCUACUGAUCUAAAUAAAUUUUCUGUAAUUUGUGUAAUACA